AUGAUGAAUAUAACAACAACAAGCAAUAGUUCUCUUAUAUUGGCACGUUUUGAUCAUCAAUUAAGAUUAGUUGAACAAAUUGUUUUAGCAACUAUAUUUAUCUUAGCAUUAAUUGGUAAUAUUUUGGUAUUAAUUGUUAUGUUAACAACAAGACAUAAACGAACAACACGAAUGGCUUUCUUUAUACUUCAUCUUACAAUAGCUGAUUUAUUAGUUGCAUUUUUUAGUGUUUUACCAAUGUUUAUAUGGAAAUCAACAUCGACAUUUUUUGGUGGAGAUUUUGUUUGUCGACUAAUGGCUUUUCUUAUGUUAACAUCAACAUAUAUUUCCGUAUAUACUCUUGUUGUUAUGACAAUUGAUCGUUAUCAAGCAAUUGUUCAUCCAUUAACAACAUAUACAUGGACACCACGUGCAGGUCUUUUUCAUAUGAUAGCUGUAUGGUGUUUAAGUAUUCUUCUUGCAUCACCACAAUUAUUUAUAUUUCGUUUGGAACGUAAUCCAACUCAUGAAAUAAAAAUAUGUGUGGCCAGAUUUUUAGGACAUGAUGGUAGAUGGGAAUUAAUUUAUAUUCUAUGGACAAUUGUUGUUCAAUUCUUUUUACCUGUAUGUGUAUUAAUUUAUUGCUAUGGUUCAGUUUAUUUUAUUGUAAAUCGAAAUUUUUCCAUGUAUCAAUCAUCUCAAAAUAUAAAAAUAACAAAUACACCAAAUUUACCAUCAAUUAUUGUAACAAAAGCUUCAAGUAAUUCAUCAGCAUCGACAACAACAUUAGAUCGAAAUACAAAAUCUAUUCUAAAAAAUCAUGGACAGAUUCAUUAUCCAUCAAUUGAAUGUUCAAGUAUAGCAACAGUAACAUUUAUGAAUAAAUCUUCACCAAUUAUGUAUCCAGUUAUAUUUCGCUUAAGACGUCCAUCAUUAACAUUAUCAAAACAUCCAAGUUCAAAUAGUUUAGAUGGACAACAAAUAAAACAACGUUAUGGUGCAAGUCAAUUUUUAUCACGUGCACGUCUUAAAACAAUUAAAUUAACAUUUAUUGUUGUUCUUGCUUAUAUACUUUGUUCAACACCAUUUUAUAUUGGAUCAAUAAUAAUGGCUUUAAAUGGAAAAUUUUUAUCACAAAAAACAAUGAAUUGGCUUAUGACUAUUUUUAGUCUUUUAUUUAAUUUAAAUAGUUGUUCAAAUCCUAUCAUAUGUUUGACAUUGAGUAGUACUCUAUUUCGACGUCACAAUGAUCGUAGACAACCAGCAGCACGAACACAAAAAAGACAUAUGAAUAAUAAAAAUCUAAUUCUUAAUAAACAUAGAGAAAAUCUUUCAAGACAUUUUUUAUUAUUGUAA